AUGCCUCGGGACCACCACUACGAGUCGCCCGGCCGCUCCAGCCGCGAGCGCGACAGCUACUCCCGCUCCCGGCCACGCGAAAGCGAAGGGUACCGCUCCGAGCGCGAACGCGAACGGCUGCGACGCCAACGCCAACGCCGCGACAACCACAACACCGACGACGACAACGACGAGAACGACAACGCCGAAGAAGAACGUCGACGCCGCCGCGAGCGCGCCGCCAGACGCACCAGCCAAGAACCCACCAGCGACCGCGAACACCACCACCGCGAGCCAGCCCGCCGCCACCGCGAACACUACGACCACGCGCAGCGCGAGCGACAAGAGCGCCGCCGCCGCCGCGGCCACCGCGCCACCGACUCCGUCGGCGAACCCAUCCCGGCGCCGCCGCCUCCGCUCCGCCACCCGGAGCGCUCAUACGACUCGCCCUACCACGGCAGCGGCGGCGGCGGCGGCGGCGGCGGCGGGGGGUCGACGCCCACCAGCCCGACGAAAGCGCGACAACAACAACAACAACACAGGCCGCGGCGAGGGAGCGGCAGCGGAGGCGGCGGAGGUGGCAAUGGCGGGUGGGACACGCCGGCGAGCCGGGACUCGGGGGCGAGCGCGCGGCCGCUGCUGCAGGCGGAUGCGCUGGCGCAGCUGGACGCGAGCAACGCGAAGAAGGGCGGGUGGAAGGCGGGCGGGUACGACGAGGCGUACUUGAAGCGCGUGCGCGAGCAGGAGAAGGGGUUGGAGAGGGAGAGGCAGCGCGAGGAGAGGAGGGAGAGGCGGCGGGCGAAGGAGGAGGAGAAGGAGGCGCUGGCGCGGGGGGAGCGGGAGAAGAGGAGGAGGUAUGAGGCGGAGAUGGGGUUUAGGCGGAGUGGGCGUGUGGAUGUCGAGUUGGAGGAUGAUGAUGAGGAGGAGGAGGCGCCGCUGCAUAGGCCCGGUGGGAUGGAUGGGAUUAGGGUGAGGGGGCUGGAGGAGGAGUAUCCGGAGCCGUAUACGGAUGAUCCGUACACGGAUGAUGCUGCGGAGCCGAGGAGGAGGCGGAGAGAUUAUUCGGAUGGCGAGAGGGAAGAGAGGAGACAGAGGAGGAAAGAGAGAGCGCUUGCGGCCACGGCGGUUGCUGGGAGACAGAGGAAGAGUCGAGUCGUCAGCGGGCCGUUGCUGGAGGAGGGCGGGAAAGAGGAGUACGAGUACCGCAUGGCCCACCGCGGUGGCGGUGGCAGCGGCGACGUCUUCUACGAUGAGGAGCUGAAGAAAAAGAAACGGAAGAAGAUCUUCAUCAUCGUUGGCAUUGUCGUUCUCAUCCUGGCAAUCGUCAUUCCUGUUGCCGUGGUGGUGUCAGGAAAGAAGAGCAGCGACAAUGGCGGCGAUGACUCUUCUGCAAGCUCUUCGGACUCGAGCAAACCGGACAACAGUAACCUGGACACCAUAUCUGAGGACGACAUUCCCGAUUGGGCAAAGGGGGGGCUUCUGGAUCCAUUUUCAUGGUACGAUACCGAAGACUUCAAUGUCACCUUCACCAACGACACGGUUGGAGGUCUGUCGGUCAUGGGUCUGAACACAACCUGGGACGACAGCGUCCAGGCGAACGAGAACGUUCCGGCUUUGGACAAGGAGUUCAAAUAUGGCGAGAUGCCGAUCCGCGGUGUCAAUGUCGGCGGCUGGUUCAACCUUGAACCUUGGAUAACGCCAUCGUUUUUCGAAUCCUACAACACUCGAGAUGGGGUCAUUGACGAAUGGACACUUACCACGAGUAUGGGCAGCACAAAAGCCAAGUCGACUUUAGAGCAACAUUACUCGUCCUGGAUCACAAAGCAGUCCUUCGCCGAUAUCCGAGACGCAGGGUUCGACCACGUCCGCAUUCCGUUCAAUUACUGGGCAGUGACUACAUACGAUGGCGAUCCAUAUGUCGCCAAGGUCUCUUGGCGUUAUCUUCUCCGUGGCAUUGAAUAUGCACGACAACAGGGUCUUCGUGUCAAUCUUGAUCUUCACGGGCUGCCUGGCAGUCAAAACGGCUGGAACCAUAGCGGAAAGCAGGGCGCCAUCGGGUGGUUGAACGGAACUGAUGGCACGCUCAACAGACAGCGUAGUAUCGACAUCCACGAUCAACUGUCGACGUUUUUUGCCCAAGCCCGCUAUAAGAAUGUCGUCACGCUGUAUGGGCUGGCCAACGAGCCACGCAUGGUGGACCUCAACACGGCCGAUGUUCUUGGGUGGUACGACGACGUGAUUCCGCUUAUUCGGAAGAACAACAUCACGGCCAUUCUUGUCUUCGGCGACGGCUUCAUGGGCUUGGACAAUUGGCAAGGAAAGCUGCAAGACUACGAGGAUCUACUCCUGGACGUGCACCAGUACGUCAUCUUCAAUGUCGACCUGAUCAAGUUCUCGCACUCGGAGAAGAUCAAUUUCGCUUGUAAAGGCUGGACACAGCAGUCACUUCGUUCGAUGAACAAGUCGACGGGCUUCGGACCUACAAUGUGCGGUGAAUGGUCGCAGGCCGACACGGACUGCACGCAGUACAUCAACAAUGUCGGCUGGGGCACGCGCUGGGAGGGCACGUACAAUACUGGUAACGAGAGCACCUCGGUCCUCACUCCCACCUGCCCUACGGAUAACAACCCCGUCUGCUCCUGCAACAAUGCCAACGCCGACCCGUCCGACUACAGCGACACGUACAAGCAGUUCCUUCUCGACUUUGCGUUAGCACAGAUGUACAGCUUCGAGCAGGGCUGGGGCUGGUUCUAUUGGACGUGGAAGACGGAGAACGCGGUCCAGUGGAGUUGGCAGAGCGGGAUGCAGGCGGGGAUCCUGCCGGACAAGGUUUGGGAUCGCAGCGCGUUCUCGUGCAAUACGAGUGAUAUCCCAGACUAUUCGGGUUUGGGGUUGGCGGAGAAUUUCUAA